CGAGCAGUGCGAGCGAUCGCUGGUUAGUAGUCGGGACGGUCCGACAUGGCGGGCGGCUCUGUGAGGGAACAGUGACACCCCGGGACGGAUACAGCGAGCAGCGGCACGCUUUUCAGAAAAUAUCUGGGGGAAACAACAAGGUUAUCCUAAAAUGUGAGCAGCAUUUCCAAUUUCGAAGUCCGCUCUUUCAGGGAACUAUGGAUCGAAAUAAAAGAAACUCUAUUGCUGGGUUUCCCCCUCGCGUGGACCGCAUUGAGGACAGCGGUGGAGGAGAUAGUGGGAUUGUGCAACUUGGACGGGUCUAUCAAUCUUCAUACAAUGCGCUCAUCAGUGCCUUUUCUAGACUUACUAGGCUCGAUGACUUCACCUGUGAAAAAAUAGGUUCUGGAUUCUUCUCUGAAGUUUUUAAGGUGCGGCAUCGGACAUCUGGCCAAGUCAUGGCUCUGAAGAUGAACAAGCUGAGCAGUAACAGAGCGAACAUGCUGAAAGAAGUGCAACUCAUGAACCGCCUGUCUCACUCCAACAUUUUGAGGUUUAUGGGUGUGUGUGUUCAUCAAGGCCAGUUGCAUGCUCUCACUGAGUACAUUAAUAGUGGCAAUCUUGAACAACUAUUGGAGAGCAACCAGCACCUAUCGUGGGUUGUAAGGAUGAAACUGGCCCUUGAUAUUGCUUUGGGGCUGGCCUACCUGCACUCCAAAGGAAUCUUCCACCGCGACCUCACAUCAAAGAACUGCUUGAUAAAGUGUGACGAAGGUGUAUACUCUGGCAUUUUAGCAGACUUUGGGCUGGCUGAGAAGAUCCCAGAUUACAGUGAAGGAUUAGAGAAGCUCUCUGUAGUAGGGUCUCCAUACUGGAUGGCACCAGAGGUUCUGAGGGAUGAGCCGUAUAAUGAAAAGGCAGAUGUGUUCUCGUAUGGAAUUAUCCUCUGUGAGAUUAUAGCCCGGAUACAGGCGGACCCCGAUUAUCUGCCACGCACAGAGAACUUUGGCCUGGAUUAUCACGCCUUCCAGCACAUGGUAGGAGACUGCCCCCCUGACUUCCUUCAGCUUGCCUUUAAUUGCUGCAAUAUGGACCCAAAGCUUCGACCUACCUUUGCGGAUAUUGUGAAACAGCUUGAACAAGCACUAAAUCGUUUGAAAAAUGAAGAGGCCGAGAAUGAGAGACGGGCCUUGAGCCCAGACAAUACAGAGACCAAACCUGUCACAAAAGGACCCAGUGAUAAACCUCAAGGAGUGAAGCGCCUAAUUUCCACUGUGCCACAGGAUGACAAGAUCCCACAAAAAUCCCCACGUCCACGGAGGAAUAUUACUCUGUCCCGCAGUCAGUCGGAUAUCUUUGCUCGCAAACCUGCCUGUAAGAUCAAUGUGCAGGACCCAUUCUACACCCCGAACAAAGGAGGGCUGCGCAAAGUAAACCCUUUUAAUGCCAGAGAAGACCUAAGGGGAGGAAAGAUCAAGUUCUUUGACAUGCCCAGCAAGUCCGUUAUCUCUCAUGUCUUUGAUUUACAUUCCCUUAAGACUGGUGGGAGUCUUUUGGCAGGGCAGGAUUGGCAGCAGGCGAGCCAAGACAUUGUGGACUGCUCCUUUAACUCUGGAAGACGCUGCAGGUCACUGCCGAUUUCUCCUGAACUACCAAGAAAGGACUCUAGCUUAUCCACUGCCCUGUCCUCCACUGUGGGAAACUGUGAUCCAGCUCAGCUGGGGGCAGAAGUCAGGCAGAAGCUCCUUUGCAGCAUUAAAUAUGGUGUUCCAGAUAUCCCCCCUUUUCGACAGAGAUCGCCAGCUCUGGAGCCUGUUCUGACAAAUGACGAGGACAUGGACUGUACCGAUUACGCCCAGGCAGAGAACAGUGCCUGCUCGCCCAGGACUGAAAGCCAUGAGCACGGUAAUCGCAAUCAGCUGCUGGUCAAUCGCAACAGAUCUUCUCUGCGUCCCCAGAGUCCGACUGACUGCUGCGUGGAGGAGAACUUGGUGAGCUUGCUAUUGAAUGCAGAGGACAUGGAAAUAGAGGACAAUAUGAACCAGAGCCUUUCCUCUCCCUUGCCUGAGUCAUCUCUCUGUUGUAGCCCCGCGCCCAAACAUGGCAGCAUCACAUUACUUGCAGGAGAUGGGAAACCGGCAGAAAGCAGAGAUCAUCUCUCUAACUCGGUGCCAACCUGCCACAAGCUGCAAAGGAUCGUUAGAAUGUGACAUUCAGGGGGUCCUUGCUGCCUGGGUGGGCUACUGACCUGUUUCCAGGCUUGCAUCCAAGUGUUUACCGAUUAUUGAAGCAGAACAUAAGUAAAACAUAGGAUUUUAAUUUUAUUUUAAGUGUGCAAUGAGAGAGACACACUAUCACAGCAGCCAAAUGCCCAUCUUCAGAAGAGUCGUGUGGUAUGUUCUAUUGUUGGAUAACCUUCUGGUAUCCCAGAUUGCAUGACACACCCUGUUAUCAUAAAUGAGCUAUAAAUCUAAUAUUUCUACAUUAGUAUUUAAUAUUCCAAUCUUGUUACGUGGGAGCAGGACAUGUGACCUUGGAAAUACAUUCUAUUUUUGAUACAAGCACUCUUUAGGAGCUUUAUGAUAUGCAGGUAAACAGGACUAAGACCUCACAGGCCACAGGCCAACGUUAUAAGAUUGUUCUAGUGUGGAAGAAAGGUAUAUUUAUGGACAUGUAAUUCGCGUACACUCUAACAUUUAGUCUGUAUGUUGUGCUAGCAGAAUUGGCCUAUGUGUAGAAUAAAAGUUAUUUUUAUUUCA